ACUUUGAACGCAACUAGCCGACCAAAUAAAAUAAAAACAAGAAAACUUUGAACGCAACUUCAAUGUUUCGACACCCAAAACUGAUCGUUUUUCAAGAAAACGAGAAAGAAUAUUCCCAAAUCAUCAGGGACCGUUGCCUAUAAAAGCCCCAUUUGUCUCCACGAAACCGUCCAUGAAAAGUUCUCUUCAUUUUGCGAGUUUUUUCUUCAUCUGUUUCAGACCGAACCAGUACGUGCUCGAGCGGAAAAGGAUGAGGGAAAGAGGAGUCAAAGCUUCUGCUUGCGUUUCCUUCUUCCUUCUCUGCUUGUGCGUGGACUGCCAUGGCGUCGACCGAAGCCAAUUUCCUCCAUCCUUCCUGUUUGGAACCGCCACCUCUGCUUUUCAGAUUGAAGGAGCCUACUUGACUGGAAAUAAAAGUUUAAGCAAUUGGGACGUAUACACGCAUAUCCCAGGAAAGGUAGAAGAUGGAAGCAAUGCCGAUGUGGCCGACGACCAUUAUAACCGCUACAUGGAAGAUGUGGAGUCAAUGGGGGACCUUGGAGUGAAUUCAUACAGAUUUUCCAUAUCUUGGCCUAGAGUCCUCCCUAAUGGAAGAGAUGGUGAGACAAACGCAGAGGGUAUUGAUUUCUACAACAACCUCAUCGAUGCCCUUUUGCUGAAAGGUAUCGAGCCAUUUGUUACCCUGAAUCACUAUGAAUUUCCUCAAGUACUCGAAGAUCGCUACGGCUCUUGGCUAAGUUCUGAGAUACAGCUAGAUUUCGCGCACUUUGCAGAGGUUUGCUUCGAAGCAUUUGGCGACAGAGUAAAGUACUGGGUGACGAUUAACGAGCCGAAUAUGCUCAUAUACUAUGCUUAUUUCCAAGGUACAAACCCUCCGGCCCAUUGUUCCUAUCCAGUAGGCAAUUGCUCGGCUGGAGACUCGUUCUUGGAACCCUACAUUGCUACCCAUAACGUUGUGUUGUCUCAUGCGGCCGCAGUUGAAAUUUACAGAAACAAGUAUCAGGCAAAACAAGGUGGUAUGAUAGGGAUUGUAGUGUCCGCGCCAUUUUACGAGCCUCUCACCGACACUCCGGCCGACAAACUGGCAGCGGAACGGGCUUUAGCUUUCCAGAUUGCAUGGUUCCUCGACCCCAUCAUGUAUGGCGAUUACCCUCCUGAGAUGCUGCAGAUAGUUGGCGCAAGACUGCCUGUUUUUUCGGCAGAAGAGAAGAAGAAGCUGUCGAAUAAAUUGGAUUUUAUCGGAAUUAACCAAUACACAGCAGUUUAUGCUAAGGAUUGUAUGCUCUCUCCUUGCCCUUAUGCUUAUUCUCUCGGCGAAUCGAUGGUUUACCUCACUGGAGAAAGAGACGGGACCCUUAUCGGAGACACGACUGCAGUAUCCUAUUUUUACGUUGUUCCAAGUGCAUUGGAGAAGACUGUGAUGUACCUCAAAGACAGAUAUAACAACACACCAAUGUUCAUCACGGAAAAUGGUUAUGCUCAAUCAAAUGCUCCUAUCGAUGAUUCAAUUGACGACACAAAAAGAGUCGAGUUCUUCAAGAGCUAUCUGUCGGCUCUAGUCAACGCAUUGAGAAAAGGAGCCGAUGUCCGAGGCUACUUCAUAUGGUCUCUGCUGGACAAUUUCGAAUGGCUUGACGGCUACACGAUCCGUUUCGGGCUCUACUACGUCGACUUUGACACGCUGGAGAGGACGCCGAAGCUAUCAGCCAAGUGGUACAAGAGUUUUCUCACGGAAUCGAAUUCGACAGCAGAGUCAAAGCGAUACAAGUGCCGGCGCAACAUGUUCAUGCCUCUGUGAAGAGAGAGCUCUCUUUGGCAGCUCUUUUUACACCUGAUACACUUCACUAGGAGGACGCAAGAUCAAGGGUCUAAGAUCAUCCAUUUUAACUAGGAGAGGACGCAAUAAUUCUAAACUUGAAUCAAAUUAUUAUCAUUGUAGCCAUUAUUUGUUCAAUUUUCUGUAGGUGGGUAAUCAGAAUUUACUAAUAGCUCUAUUUAUAUUCUGAUUCUUAGUAUUAUGCUUAACUUCAUUGGUCGAAAUCAGACAUCCUGACAAGUGCCUUUGAGGAUGAAUGUCUAAUAAUUCUCCUAGUUAUUCAUUCUAUUAUAAUGAUAUUUAUUAUUUCUGUUU